ACGUGUCUGGUAGGUGAGUGUUGAGUUUGUAAACAGGAGAGAACCGGAAUCAGCUGAUCGGAUCAAACCGCAUCAAAUCUACAGCGUUUAUUCUCACUUUUAUCUGUAAUCAUGAAGUUUGUGUAUAAAGAGGAACAUCCAUUCGAGAAGAGACGCUGUGAGGGAGAGAAAAUCAGGAAAAAAUAUCCUGAUCGAGUUCCUGUGAUUGUAGAGAAGGCACCUAAAGCUCGGAUAGGUGAUCUGGAUAAGAAGAAAUACCUCGUUCCUUCUGAUCUCACAGUGGGACAGUUUUACUUCCUGAUCAGGAAGAGGAUCCACCUGAGGGCUGAAGACGCUCUCUUCUUCUUCGUCAAUAACGUCAUUCCUCCGACCUCUGCCACCAUGGGGCUGCUCUACCAGGAGCAUCAUGAGGAGGAUUUCUUUCUUUACAUAGCGUACAGUGAUGAGAGUGUGUACGGAGAGGAUGUCUAAUCACCGGCUCCGUCCCAAAUCUCUCUGUAAAAUAAAAUCAUAAAUAUUACAGUUCA